AAAGAGGAAGAUGAGGAAAAGAAAAGGGAAAUGGGAAGGUGGUUGAACUCCCACCUUAAACACCGGUGCAAAGUUGGCGUACAUCCAAUAAAGAAAGAUCUGCCUUCCAAUGUGAGGCUACAUUCAUGAAACAACAAUCUCUUUUCUACUUUAUUUUCCAUUUCACCACCAUUAACUUCAUCACAUUCUUCAAUUUCCAAAUUUUCGGACAAAUUCUGUGUAGGAGUUUUGUUCAGAUGAAAUUUCUUGUGUCCACAUGCAUUUUUGUGAGGUCAUAGAGCUUUUCAACCACAAGUUGAUUCCUUCUGCUAACCAUUCACAAUCUAUGAAAUUGUUUGUGCACAAUGUUUAAGUCGCAAUAUAUUGAUGGGCACAAAGAAAAAUUUGUGAGGUUGGAUGACCUUGAUUCUAGGUUAUCCUUUAAAUCAGAUAUGGCGGGAGUGACAAAAUGUGGGUUUAGUUUAGAGGGAUUGAAUCCUGGUGGACGCUCUAAAAACUCAUCAAAGUCAAUUAAGUUGGGUAUGAUAAGAGGGUCUGAAGGACUAAUGACAUUUGGUCGUUCACUAAAGUCUGGAGUUACACGAGCUGUGUUCUCGGAGGAUCUCAAAGUCUCUGAACAAAAGAUAUUUGAUCCUCAAGACAAGUCUCUACUAUUCUGGAAUAGGCUUUUGGUUAUAUCAUGUAUAUUUUCCGUAUCAGUUGAUCCUCUUUUUCUCUAUCUUCUUGUGUUCAAGAGUGAAGAUGGUUGUCUUCGUUUAGAUACAAGUUUAGCCUAUACUACUACCACUCUACGGACAAUUAUUGAUUCAUUUUACAUUAUCCGAAUGAUUCUUCAAUUCCGCACGGCUUAUAUUGCUCCCUCAUCUCGGGUAUUUGGUCGAGGCGAACUUGUAAUAGAUCCUAAACAAAUAGCCAGUAGAUACAUACAUCGUUACUUUACAGUUGAUCUUCUUUCGAUUCUUCCUAUACCCCAGAUUGUUGUCUGGAGAUUCCUUCAUGGAUUAAAAGGUUCAGAUGUAUUGGCCACAAAAAGAGCUCUUGUAGUCAUUGUCAUUCUUCAGUACAUUCCUCGAUUUUUAAGAUUUGUACCUUUAAAUUCGGAGUUGAAAAAGACGGCCGGUGUGUUUGCUGAAACCGCAUGGGCAGGUGCUGCAUAUUACAUGCUAUGGUUUGCUCUUGCUAGUCAUAUAUUUGGGGCCUUCUGGUACCUGCUAGCCGUGGAACGUAAAGAUGCGUGUUGGCAGAAGGCAUGUAAAGACAAUGAAGAGUGUAAUUCAAAAUUUUCUCUAUUGUAUUGUAUGCGUGAAGGAGAAGGGAAGAUAGAUAUGGUGGCCUGGAGAAAGAUCACCCAAGAAGUUCUUGAAAAAAAUUGUGUUGUUGGUAAUGGUUCACCAUUUAAUUAUGGAAUAUAUGAAAAAGCCGUGUCAUCGGGUGUUGUCGACUCUAACAAUUUCAUUUCUAAAUAUUGCUAUUGUUUGUGGUGGGGCCUACAAAAUCUAAGUACUUUGGGUCAGGGGCUUCAAACAAGCACAUAUCCUCUUGAGGUUCUUUUUUCAAUAGCAUUGGCCAUUCUUGGUCUCCUCUUAUUUGCUCUUCUUAUUGGAAACAUGCAGACCUAUCUUCAAUCUAUAACAGUUCGGCUUGAAGAGAUGAGGAUAAAAAGAAGCGACUCUGAGCAAUGGAUGCAUCACAGAGUAUUGCCACCUCAACUCAGGGAACGAGUUCGCCGUUAUGAACAAUACAAAUGGUUGGAAACAAGAGGAGUCGAUGAAGAGGGUCUCGUCCAAAAUUUACCAAAAGACCUUAGGCGGGAAAUCAAACGACAUCUCUGUAUGAACUUAGUUCGAAAGGUCCCCCUAUUUGCAAACAUAGAUGAGAGGCUGCUUGAUGCAAUAUGCGAGCGGCUGAAGCCAAGCCUAUACACGAAAGAUACAUAUGUUGUGCGUGAAGGGGAUCCGACCGUUGAGAUGCUCUUCAUCAUUCGAGGUCGAUUGGAGAGUGUGACGACUGACGGUGGGAGAAGCGGUUUCUUGAACACGGGCAUCCUACAAGAGAGUGACUUUUGUGGAGAGGAGUUGCUGACCUGGGCGCUGGAUCCGAAAGCAGGUUCUAACCUGCCGCCCUCAACCCGUACUGUCAAGGCCUUGACGGAUGUGGAAGCGUUUGCACUAAUAGCCGAUGAGGUGAGGUUCAUCACCACUCAAUUCAAACGAAUUCACAGUCGGCAAGUUCAACACACUUUUCGAUUUUACUCGCAACAAUGGAGGACUUGGGCGGCUAUCUUCAUUCAAGCAGCAUGGCGCCGCCAUGUGAAGAGGAAAAUCAUACAGGUGCUUAGUUCGAGUGAUGAAGAGAAUGAUGAGGCAGCCAUGGUAUCAAUGAAUGAUGAGGAAUAUGACCAUGACGAUGAUGAAACUACUGCAUUAUUAAUUAAACGUAACUAUAGUGGUCAAUCCGGCCAUUUCAUUAUUAAUUAAACUACAGUGGCUAAUCCAUUUGGUUGAGUUUCCAGCCUACACCCAUGUCAUCUUAAAUAUAUAGUAAAGUGCUACUUGUAAUGCU